UUGCGUAUUGGAGGAGAGAGAUGUUGAAAUAUCCAAUAUCUGCGAGGGAGAGAGAGGGUUGAAACACACCAGUUUUUUGUAGUUCAGAAACCUGAGCCUGCAAAGAUUUGACAAUGAAUCCGCUCGUCUUUACUCUUCUGCUGGUGUCUACCUGCAGUGCUGAUGUCCAAGACCUGACGGGGAAGGUGAUGUUCUUCUCGGGAGACGUGGCCCACGUGGAGAUUCCCGUCUCGAGGGACAUCGACAACACAGUCACCGUGUGCCUCCGAUACCGUCGUACAGAACACAACAACGACACUAAACAGGUCCUGUUCACCUUGCAAACACGGUCGGUGCCACUCGGCCUGCAGGUGAGAAGGUCGGACGAUGACUUCACGGUCAAGAACAGGCAUGACCUGAUACGCUACCGCAACAUGUUUAGACAGAGGAAGGGGGCCGGCGAGUGGAACUCUGUGUGCGUGACCCGGGACUCAGAGACUGCACGAGUCACAACAUUGGAGCGCGUGCAGCUGUGGGUGAACGACAUGCGAACGCUGAGGGGGCUCAUCAACACGGUGUGGAGGCGUACGCCGGGCGACCUCGCCCCGAAACUCUCGCUGGGCAAGAGCAGGCCAUUUCAGGAGGGCGAGACCCCCGACACCACGGACUACCACCCGUUCCUGGGCGAGGUGAAGGACGUGCACGUGUGGGACCUCAUCCUCUCCCCGUGCGAAAUCAAGAGGUUCAUCGACUACAAGGAGGGCUGCAGCGACGCGUUCACGCCGGGAAACGCCGUCAACUGGAAGGCCUUGGAGUUCACCCAGGGCACAGUCAGCAUCAAGCAAGCAUAGCGGAGGAUUCAGAUAGAUAGAUAGAUAGAUAGAUAGAUAGAUAGAUAGAUAGAUAGAUAGAUAGAUAGAUAGAUAGAUUGAUUGAUUCAAGCCAGCAACGCAAAAAAAUUUGUUAGGCCUAUUGGAAAUCUGCUUUGUGAUUUGAAGCUGAUUUGAGAUUGAUGAUGACACAUUUUUGUUUUCUUUUAAUUCCUGUCUUAAAACAAUAAAAA